CUCUCCCCAGUGGGUCCCAAGCCCAGGGCGUCUCCUGUGUCCUUAAAACCUGGUCAUUAGCAGAAGGUGGCCUGUGAGCAUGAGACCCCACAGUAUGACGUUAAGGGACACUGCGGCAGAUAAGGGAAUAAGUAGUAGAGUGGGGCAAGAUUCUGGCCCAGGGAAGGGAUGAAUGAACUGCACAAAGGUAGGGGCAAUCCCAGCACAUGGAUAUGGCAAGACUGUGUACCCUGGGUGGGUGAAAGGAGGUUCACGGAGGCUCUGAGUUUUGUGGGACAGGCCAGUACAGGGACAGAGGCGCGGGUGCUCGGUAGGGAGGAGAGCACUGAGAGGAGGGCAUGGCAGGAAGAACCCCAAGGAUAAACCCAGCGGAACCCCAGAGGAUAAACACCCAAGUGGUCCACCAUACCUGACAAGGAGACGUGAGUGUGGAAUGAGGAGAAAAUGGAGUCUACAAGGGGUUUGUUCAGAGGGGAGCAGGAUAGUGGCCUAGGAGAUGGAAUUAGUGGGAUGCAAAGGUUAGCAGUGGUCCCAUGGAGGAAAGGGGUAGCGCAGAAGGAGGGUGGUGCUUGCUGCUGUGCCUGCAGGAAGGCAGGGCUGUGGGAACUUGCACUGGCAGGAGGUGGGUCAAGGGAGUCCUUGGACAAAUCCUGGGAUAUCACAGUGGCCUGUGAGGAGUGAAGGUCGCCAUCCAGGUGCAGCGCUUGGACACCCAGGCCCAGUGAGCAAUGAGGAGUCAAUCUAAACUGGGUUAGCCAAGCACUUGCUUGGGAGGAUGAUCAGAGAUGACUGGGAAGCCUGGGAAACGAUGCCCCCUGACACCUCAAAGAUGCUGAAGCUGGCUGAGCAGUGUUUGGAGCGGGCCCAGUCAACAGCUGCCAAGCUCGGGAAGACUCACCUGAAGUCAGCAGUCCCCUUGGUUGCUAGGGCGCCACCUACUGGCCGACACCGCAGGGUGUGCUCAGAUGAAGGAGGGAAGCUCUCUCCAUUCCUGCCACCUGAGAUCUUCCAGAAGCUUCAGGCAGUGGACUCCCAAAACUCUAAGAACUUUAUGUUUAGGGAACUGACACCACUGGAGGAGGCCUCCCUGCAGAACCAGAAACUGAAGGCCGCCUACGAGGCCCGAAUGGCCCGUCUGGACCCCAGUCAGGCUAUGCAGAAGACAUCGCUGACCCUGUCUCUGCAGCGGCAGAUGAUGGAGAACCUGGUGAUCGCCAGAGCCCGAGAGGAGACGCUGCAGCGGAAGAUGGAGGAACGCCGGCUGCGGCUCCAGGAGGCCGCCAACAGGAGGUUCUGUAGUCAGGUCGCCUUGACCCCUGAGGAGCGAGAACAGAGGGCCCUCUAUGCAGCCAUCCUUGAGUAUGAGCAAGACCAUGACUGGCCGAAGCACUGGAGGGCCAAACUCAAGAGGAGCCCGGGAGACCUGUCUCUGGUGACCAGCCUGGUCUCUUACCUGCUCAGCCUUCCUGACCACCCGAUCUCACAGCUGCUGAAGAAACUGCAGUGUGCAGUAUACAGCGCACUGUAUCCCGUUGUGAGCCGGGUCACCGUUGGCACUCUGUCUGCCCCAGGAUGCUGCUCCCUGCCCUCAGAUGCUGACAGGCUGCUGGCUCCCGGGAGCCAGUGCCUCCGCUCCUCCCAGAGCCUGCACUGCAUGUUGUCACCCCCAGAGCCUAAUGUGGCCCCACAGCCCCAGGACGGACCCCUUGACACCCCCUCAUUUUUCCCUGGGACCCUAGAUAGAGGCACAGACAGCAGCCCAGCCAGGUCCCCCUCACCCUUGGUAGAUAUUUCGUCCCACCUGCCCAACAAGGACAGCUCCUUCGAGGACCUGGAGCAGUUCCUGGCUACAUCAGAGAGGUGGAGCUGGGGCUCCGGGGCACAGGUGACACAGAGGGAGCCCUUGCUGGAGUGUCUGAAAAGCACAGUGAAAGACAUUCACAAUGCAAUUGACAGGCUGCUCUCACUGACUCUCCUGGCCUUCGAAAGCCUCAACACAGCUGCCUGCAAAGACCGUUGCCUGGCCUGUCUCGAGGAAAGCUUCUUCUCCCCACUGUGGCCUCUGCUGCUGGCCCUAUACAGGAGCGUGCACCGCACCCAGGAGGCUGCCCUGAGCAGGAGCAUGGAGCUGUACCGGAAUGUACCCCCCACGGCCCUGGGCAUCCCCACCAAGCUCCUCCCCCGGGACCCUGAGGGCAGAGGGGGCGCCAGCUACCCCUAUUGCAGUGCGGCCCAGGAGUUGGGGUUGCUGGUCCUGGAGAGCUGCCCACAGAAGAAGCUUGGGUGCAUCGUGCGGACCCUGCGGGUCAUCUGUGUCUGUGCUGAAGACUACUGCCGUGCCCAGGAGCCCAUGCCUGAGGCCAGACCCCAGGCCCCUGCAGCUGCCAUUGGUGCGGAUGACUUGCUGCCCAUCUUGUCCUUUGUGGUACUGAGGAGCGGCCUUCCCCAGCUGGUAUCAGAGUGUGCAGCCCUGGAGGAAUUCACCCAUGAGGGGUACCUGAUUGGAGAGGAGGGUUACUGCCUGACGUCACUGCAGAGCGCCUUGAACUAUGUGGAGCUGCUGCCACGGGGGGGCCUAGGCAACUAGUAAAGGCUGCAUCCCAGGGAUACCUCAGUGCCCUCUGAAGAUGACCCCUUGGCUUCCAUGGUACUCUGCAUGGGGUGGACCAUCAGCUCUGGCCCCUUUCCUGGUACACUACUGCCCCCAUGGCUCAGGGCGGCCUUUCUGCAGCAGGAUGGACAUGUCAGCUCCUUGUACCCUGCUGUCCUGUGCUGGCCUCUGAGAGGCCCUGGGUUGCCCACCCAUAGGGGCACUGCACAGAGGGACCAGAGUUGAGAGAGCCAGCCUCCCCUGCCUGAGCCCGGGCACAGAGCCUGCUGUUUAUUUAUUGGGUAGUGGCUGCCCUCCUCGCUUCCGGGCUUGUAGCUGUGCCCUCUCUCUGCAAGGACCCCCACCCUGGCUCAUUGUGGUGGUGGUCAGUGAACGUGAUAGGCCCUAGCCGACUCCUUGUCCUCUCUCUCCCGGGUUGGCGUGAGUCCAUGUGGCCAAAAAUAAAGAGGUUAUA